CCAGGAGCGUUCGGCCUCUGAGAGUGUGACAUACAGUAGUGGUACAGCCUGAUAUGCCUGAUAGUCAGCUGGUGGUGUCUACACUUGAAGCCUGCUGCACCGUCUAUGCCACGAUGGGCCACGUUCCGCUUUUCUGUUUCUGGGUCACAGCUGGACUGGCAAUGUCGCCUUCACCUUGGAUUCUGGACAAACGCCUGAGCUGCAGUCGACCGAUGGAGGGUCUGGACCACUGUCGAAUCAGUGACUGCUCAGAUAAACUCCUGGCUGAGUCUCGUCUACUGGUUCCCACCGGCCCAGACCUGGUGGACGAGUAUUAUGGAGUUGGGAUGGACAAACAUGGGCUCGUUCCUGUCGUCACUGUGCAAUGGAAGCUGAAAUCAGAUGCUAGUAUAUUUAAUCUUAAUGGAUCAGAGAUAAGUAUUCUAGAUGAAACAACGAAUCAAAGUAUAUGUGUACAGUAUUUCUUCAGUAUCCACCAACAACUGGCUCCCAACGAUACACGGUGGACCUUUUCCUUGGAUGGAGUUGUGGUGGAGCCUGAGCACACAUACAGCGUGUCAGUGUUAAAUUUACCUCAACCCAGGAUUGGACAUACAGAAAUAAGCGUAAGGCAAAUUACAGUCCCAGGAUGUAACAAUAAGACAAUCCAAACAGCCCGAGUGUGUCAGGAAAAUGGGAGUCUGUGGGACCCCAGCACGACCACUGCUGUGUCUGUUGACAGAGAACAUGAGAGGUUGUCCAUUAUAGUGACUUUUAAGACAGCACAGUAUUCAGAGAACUAUCAGGUUUCCAUCCAGAGUCACCACUUCUACUGCUCAGAGAAUGUUUCCAUGGAAAACAGGACAUCAGUGAAUGUGACCUUAGAGUUUGGUUUGUGGGAGCUCUCCCAGUGUGAACUGCUGUUGAGAAUUCAGCCAUUUUUUGUACAGUGCAAAAAUGACUGUUGGAGCCCCACAAAAAUAAUCAAUUACUGCCACUAUUAUCCUCCAAGGACUUUAAUUAUAAAGGCUGUCGUGGUGCUGCUUUUCAUCUACGGCUUCAUUGUUUAUUCACUGUGGAGAGCAGUUCAUAAAGGUCCCGUGAACACGUCCUCCUCUGCCGCUAAAGAACAGCCAGAGGGCUCCCAGGUGCGGGAGAGGAAGCGAGUCCUCGUCAUCUACUCCCUCGACCACCCCUUGUAUCGAAACAUUGUUCUCAAGUUUUGCGCCUUCCUGGUGAGCACGUGCGGCACCGAGGUGGUGCUGGAUCUGUUGGACUCUACCCGACUGGGAGUGCUGGGGAGCAUCCAGUGGCUGGAUUGGCGCAGGCAGCAAAUGCAGAGCUCCUCCGAUAAGAUACUCAUCCUGUGCUCACGGGGGGUGCAGGCCAAGUGGAGAGCCAUGUGCGGCGACAAGCAGGUUUCUCUGCGAGAAGACGCCCGCUCACCUGUAGGCGACAUGCUCACUCCAGCGCUCAGCCUCAUGGUGCCUCACUUCAUCCGAUCGGCUUCUUUUGAAAAGUACAUCAUAGCCUAUUUUGAUGGCGUUUGUUCCGAAGAUGAUGUUCCUUCACCUUUCAACAUCACAGUGCGCUACAAAAUCAUGAAGCAGUUUGAGGAGCUCUUUUUCAGGAUCCUGGACACAGAAAAGCACCGGCCGGGGAGUGUGAACUGCAUUGAAGGGCUCUCAGAGGACACCUAUCACCAGUGCUCGUCAGGCAGAGCCCUGCGGGACGCGAUACAGGCCUUCAGAACCUACCAGCUGCAGCAUCCGCAGUGGUUUGAGGAUGAGUUACUGGAACGCACAGAGCAGGAGGUCGAGGAGGCCUCUGCUGUAACCUAUGGGACUGCAAAAACCCAACACCUACUUACAAAUUCUAUACCUGACUCAACCCAAGUCCUCAGCCUUCUAAACAUAAAGGAAAGCGACUUCACUGUAGAGAGAACGACACUCUACACAGAGCAGCUGUGUAUGAGCUGCUCGCUUGAAGUCAACUCUGUGAUUUGACUCCACUCGGGACAAGCUACUGAUGAAAACGUUCAUUUGAUGUUUGUGCUGUGCGUCAGUGCUGAGGCACAGUCUCACAACACAGAUGUCCUGUAUGCAGCUGUAACAAAUGUUUAACUACCUGCAAAACAAGAGGCAGGAAGUAGGUGCAUGUAUGUAUCUGGAUGCACAAACGUAUUAAAGAUUAUCAUAAACUGUU